GAACCGCAACCCAUGAUCCAAGAAUCCAAACCGUUCCUGGCGACACCAUCUACAGAACCAGAAGAAGCCAUCAUUGUUUAGGCUAGCAUAUCUACAGAGCUGUGAUAGGAUCUGAAGAUGCUUACAUCUCCCCAGAUACUGAUAAUGCUGCUGGUUCUUCCAAGUGCUGUGAAAGCUCAGGUCAAUCCAGCUAUCUGCCGGUAUCCACUGGGCAUGUCAGGUGGGCAUAUCCCUGAUGAGGACAUUUCUGCUUCUAGCCAGUGGUCUGAAUCCACAGCAGCCAAAUAUGGAAGGCUAGGUUCAGAAGAUGGGGAUGGUGCAUGGUGUCCUGAGAUUCCUGUGGAGCCCGAUGACCUGAAAGAGUUCCUGGAGAUUGAUUUACAUGUUCUUCACUUUAUCACCCUAGUAGGGACUCAAGGGCGCCAUGCAGGAGGCCAUGGCAAUGAGUUUGCUCCAAUGUACAAAAUUAAUUACAGUCGGGAUGGCAUCCGAUGGAUCUCUUGGCGAAACAGACAUGGAAAGCAGAUACUUGAUGGAAACACCAACCCAUAUGGCAUUGUUCUCAAGGACUUGGAGCCACCCAUCAUUGGCCGAUUCAUUCGCUUUAUCCCCAUGACUGAUCAUUCCACAAACGUCUGCCUCAGAGUGGAGCUCUAUGGUUGUAUAUGGCUGGAUGGGUUGGUUUCAUACAAUGCUCCAGCAGGGCAGCAGUUGGUUCUACCUGGAGGAACUGUGAUUUACCUGAAUGAUUCAAUCUAUGAUGGUUACAGCAUGACAGAAGGACUAGGCCAGCUGACAGAUGGAGUUGCAGGCCUAGAUGAUUUCAGCCAGACCCACGAAUACCAUGUAUGGCCUGGUUAUGACUAUGUUGGCUGGCACAACGAGAGCACCACAAAUGGAUAUGUGGAAAUCAUCUUUGAAUUUGAUCGGAUUCGAAACUUUACUACCAUGAAGGUUCACUGCAACAAUAUGUUUGCCAAAGGAGCGAAGAUUUUCAGGGAGGUACAAUGCCAUUUCCGUUCUGAUACAAAUGAGUGGGAGCCCAACUCCAUCUCCUCAGUUCUGGUGUUAGAUGAUGUUAACCCCAGUGCUCGCUUUGUCACAGUGCCACUACUUCACCACAUGGCCAGUGCCAUCAAAUGCCAGUUCUACUUUGCUGACACCUGGAUGAUGUUCAGUGAGAUCACCUUCCAGUCAGAUGCUGCCAUGUACAACAAUUCUGGAGCCAUUCCUGAAUCUUCGGUUACUCCCACUGCUUAUGAUCCAACCCUCAAGGUUGAUGACAGCAAUACUCGAAUCUUGAUUGGCUGUCUAGUGGCCAUCAUCUUUAUUCUGGUGGCUAUCAUAGUAAUCAUCCUCUGGAGACAAUUUUGGAGAAAGAUGUUGGAAAAGGCCUCUCGACGAAUGUUGGAUGAUGAGAUGACAGUCAGUCUCUCUCUGCCCAGUGAGUCAAGUAUGUUCAACCACAACCGCUCCACAUCCUCCAGUGAACGUGAAUCCAGUUCUACAUAUGACCGCAUAUUUCCCCUGGGUCCAGACUACCAGGAGCCAUCUCGAUUGAUUCGCAAACUGCCUGAAUUCACCCCAAAGGAGGAAGAGGCAGGCUGCAGUGGGAUUACCAAACCAACCCAGUUGAGUGGAGCUGAGGGAGUCCCCCAUUAUGCUGAGGCAGAUAUUGUAAAUCUGCAGGGAGUGACAGGCAGCAACACCUAUUCUGUCCCUGCAGUCACCAUGGAUUUGCUGUCUGGCAAAGAUGUGGCUGUGGCUGAGUUUCCCAGGAAGCUGCUGACUUUCAAAGAGAAGCUAGGAGAAGGCCAGUUUGGAGAGGUUCACCUAUGUGAAGUGGAGGGGAUGGAGAAAUUUGUGGACAAGGAUUCUGUUCUGGAUGGCAACUCGAGCCAGUCUGUUCUCCUGGCUGUGAAAAUGCUGCGAGCUGAUGCCAACAAGAAUGCCAGGAAUGACUUUCUUAAAGAGAUUAAGAUUAUGUCCAGAUUGAAGGACCCCAACAUUAUCCGGUUACUGGCUGUGUGUAUCACUGACGACCCUCUCUGCAUGAUCACAGAGUACAUGGAAAAUGGUGACCUAAAUCAAUUCCUAUCUCGCCAGGAGCUCCAGAGCUUGACAGUGAGCUCUGCUCCUUCUGUCAGCUAUGCUGAUUUGAAGUUAAUAGCCACACAGAUUGCAUCUGGCAUGAAGUACCUAUCGUCUCUGAAUUUUGUCCACCGAGACCUGGCUACACGCAACUGCCUGGUAGGGAAGAAUUAUACCAUCAAGAUAGCUGACUUUGGUAUGAGUAGAAACCUCUAUAGUGGUGACUAUUACAGGAUCCAGGGCCGGGCAGUGCUCCCCAUUCGUUGGAUGUCAUGGGAGAGCAUUCUCUUGGGGAAGUUCACCACAGCAAGUGAUGUGUGGGCAUUUGGUGUGACACUUUGGGAGAUCUUCACUUUUUGCCGUGAGCAGCCGUAUUCUCAGUUUUCAGAUGAGCAAGUAAUUGAGAACACCGGAGAGUUCUUUCGGGACCAGGGACGACAGACCUAUCUUCCACAGCCUGCAUUUUGUCCUGAUUCUGUAUACAAGCUAAUGCUCAGCUGCUGGAGACGAGAUACUAAAGACCGUCCCUCCUUCCAGGAAAUCCAUUGCCUCCUCCAAGAUGCAACUACUUCAUAGUGAUGCCUUUCUUUCUUACCCCAAACCACCCAUCUAUUUCACCUCCCUUCCCUCUCCUUUCCCAUACUCCAAAAUGUACACUUAGAAGUACUCUUGGACUCACCAUUUCCUUCAACACCAGAGCUGGAAUUUCAAUCUCACCAAAGGAAAUAAAGGAAAAAAGUUGGGAUCUGACCACAUCUGUGACAUAGCCACAUUCAAGGUGCUGUGCUUUGAACUAGCAAAGACUGAGGAAAAAACUAUUAUUUAUCUUGUAAAUGUUGUAGGUUCUGAGUUAUGAAUCGAUUUUGUCUAUGAAAGGAAAAGGAAAGCAUGAGGUAUUCUUUACCUGAGGAAAAAACUUGAGACAUUACUUACGUGUGGAACUAAGCUGAGAAUAAGUACAUAUAGCAGGGAAGUAGUGAAGUGUCUAGCACUAUAGUACUUUAUGCCCAGAGCUAUGUGUAUGCCACAAUUCUGUAGAUGUAUAGAAUGUGGACAAAGAAUUUUGCUUCUUUCAUUUUCAUUGCUGUGUAUAUAGGCUUGAAAGUGUGUAGACAAUACUUGCUGAAAGUUCAGAAGGGUUGCUGAAAUAAAUGUCCAAUGAUUUGGGAAAGGCCUAUGUGCCUUGCAUAACACCACAUGAGUAAUCAAUCCAGACUAACCUGUGUAAAAAGCUCUAAGAUUGUGUGUGUAGAUUCUUCCAUUUGUACACAUUAUACACACCAUAGCUGUACAGUCUGCAGAUUUUAGAAUACUUUGUACAGAUUCCCCCCCCCGCCCCAUUUUGCUGCUUUUGUGCCUGUUGGUGCCCUACGUAAAAUAUCAGAAGCUGUGCUGAUAGUCUAAACAAACCUCCAGCAGACUUUACUACAAAAAAAAAAAAAGGUUCUGAUGCCUAAUGGUGAGUGAUGCUCUCACACCCUGCUGCCUUCACACUCUCCCAGCUUGGCUUCUAGGAACAUCUGGCUGCUGUGCUUGGGAACAAAAUGCUAGAGUAGAUGAUUCAAUUGGACUAGAUGAUUGUUGUCCAUCCUUUUUUGCUCAGAAUAUCCUUCUCUUCUCAGUAAUCAGUGGCACUCUUAAAACUUAAUCAUCAAGGGCAGGUCCAUGGGCUCUCUAAUCCAAAGGGUCCAGAAUGACAGCAGCAGUCAUCACAUUUCUUUUUUAACUUCCUGCUGAGCUGUUUCAUCUUCUUGCAAAAUUAGUGGUGGAUGACCAUAGUGGUGCAGCUCUCUGAGACUUAAGUAUGUAGAAGGCUACAUGCCUAUCCUGCAAGAAGUUAAAAGAAGGAAAGACUUUGCUGCUUCCACCCGUUAAUAGGGGUUAAUGAUCUUAGAAACAGAAUCUUAGAGUGGAAGGGGCUGAAAGGGCCAUCUGGUCCAACCCAUUGCCAUGAAGAUAUACACAGCUGAAGUACUUUUAAAAGAUGCACAUCCAACAAAUGUUUGAAGGCUUCCCAAGAUGGAGAAUCCACUCUCCUCAGGGGUAAUCUAUUCCAAAGUUGAGCAACUCUUACAGUAAAAAGGUUCUUAAGGUUUUGGUGGAAUCCUUUUUCCUGUAAUUUGAAUCCAUUGGUUCAUGUUUUAGACUCUGUAGCAACAGAAAACAAGCUUGCAACAUCUUCUACAUGACACUCCUUCAGAUAUUUAAAGAUAGCUAUCAUAUUUUCUUCGCCAAGCUGCCCAACAUAUCCAGAUGCUUAAGUUGUUCCAUAUAAGACUUGAUGUCCCUUCUCUGGGCACAUUCCAUUUGGUCAGUAUAUCCUUGAACUGUAAUGUCCUUAAAUGCAAAAAGUAUUCCAGAUGAAUAAGUCAAAAGCCUUACUGAAAUCAAGACAUAUGUCCACAGCACUCCCCUGAUCUUCCAGCCUUAUGACUUUGUUAAAAAAGAGAGAGAGAGAGAGAGAUUUGGUUUGACUUGUUUUUGAGAAACCCAUUCUGGCUCUUAAUAAUCACAUUUCUUUCUAAGUACAUUCUGACUGACUGUUCAGUGAUCUAUUCUAGAAGUACUAGAACCUUUCCUGGUAUCAAUGUCAAAAUGAUCAUUCAGUAGUUGUUGAAGUCCUCUUUUCCCCUUUUUGAAAAUGGGGACAAUAUUUGCCAUCUCCAAUCUGCUGUGUCCUCUCCUGUCCUCCAAGAAUUCUAAUAAUAAUAAUAAAUAAUAAAAUUUAUUUAUAUCUUGCCUCUCUACAAAAAGCAAUUGAGGCGGCUUACAAAGUUAUCGGGGCAGCUUACAAAGUUCUCAAAGAUUAUUGACAGUGACACUGAGAAGACAGCAUCCUUUAAUACUCUUGGAUUCAGUUCAUCCAACCCUGGAGACUUGAAUUCAUUUAGAAUAGCUAUGUCUUCUUCUACUAGCUUCCAGGCUGUAGUCCUCUUACUGCAUGAUUUAUUCUAUUUUCACCAGAUAGAACACUGUUAUCUUUUUGAAGGAAGACUGAAGCAAAGGUAUGAAAUAGUUUGGCCUUCUGCCUGCCCCAUUAGCAUUUUCCCAUCUUUUCUAGGCAGUGGCCCUACCUUUUUCUUCUUGCCUCUUGCUUCAAAUAUAACUAAAACCUCACAUUUUAUUAUUUUUAACCAUUCGUGAGCCUGUCAGGGUUCGAGAGCCAGUGUAGUGUAGUGAUUUGAGUGUUGGACUACGACUUUGGAGACCAGGGUUCAAAUUCCCACUUAGCCUGGGUGACUUUAGCUAAGUUACACUCUCAGCCGCGGAGGAAGUCAAACCCACUUUGAUCAAGUCUUGCCAAGAAAUCCCAUUCACCUUAGGAUCACCCCUAAGUCAGAAACAGCUUGAAGGCAUAUGACAACAAAAUCUGCCCUAUUAACAUGUAAAAAGAAAAGUUUUAUGUAAGUGAGAGAAGCUGUCUCUUUCCCUUCUCCUGCCUUUGUGUUCUAUUGCCUCAGAAUUUUUCCAUAGGCUUUGAGUACUGAGCUUUCAGAAGAAAAGCAAGCCCAAUUGUAGAGUUCAGAAAGUAAAGUAGGGAUUGAGAGAAGAGUUCACCUCUCUUCACUUGCAUAUAUCUUUGGUUUUACCAGCCUUCCAACCUUUCGUAGGUCAGUAAAAUGAGUACCCAGCUUCUUGUGGGGGGAAUUGGCCUACACAUUGUAAACAACUUAGGGGGUGCUAGUUCAUGGAUAAAUGGUAUAGAAAGGUACUUGCUAUAUUGCUAUUUACAAAUUAUCUCCUUCACUCUCUAUUACAUAUUUGAAAGGGGCAGGCACACAAACAAAUAUGUCUACUCCCAAUGCAUCUUGUCUUGCAUGCAGGCUAUAUCGGAUUACUCAGAUUAAUAAACCAGGCCACAAGGAGGUUUGUAGGCUGAGGUACAAUUGUAGUAGCCCAUUGUGUCACUUGAAGGACAACAGACUACUGUUGUGGCAAAAAUGUAUUAUGUCAGGAUUAUAGUGCUAGAGCUCCUGAUACAAGAUUGCAUCUUACAGGGCUUUCCAGUGUUCUAUAUUAAAUUAGCAGGAGGUGUAUGGAAUAUAUGCUUCACGCACCAAAAUACCUGGUAGUAGUUCUGUGAGAAUGCAUGGUGGGCUUUCAUGCAAACCUUAGGCAUAUCUGUGAGACCCUUUAAAUUUCAUAUUUUAACACUAAUAGCUUUAUUUUUUAGAGUCAGUGUGGAGUUUAAUGGUUUGUGUAUUGGAUUAUGGCUCUGGAGACUAGGGUUAAAAUCCCUGCUCAGCCAUGGAAACCCACUGGGCAAAUGAUACUCUCUCAGCCUUAGAGAAGGAUAUAGGCAAACCCCUCUGGACAAAUCUUGCCCAAAAAACCUGUGACAGGUUUGCCUCAGGGUCACCUUUAAGUCAGAAAUAACGUGAUGACGUACAACAACAAAAGUGGCUUUUUUACUCUCUUCGGUAUGACAAGCAUAGAGUUGUUGCCAGCACAGGCUAUUUGCCCAAAUAUGAUUCAUAAGGAUGAGUUGUAAGCCAUCAGUAUGUUGCAACUAAAAGUUGAUGUUCCUAUGGAUUACUGGGUGACUAGCUUUUGCAGGAGAGCUUUGGAUCAACAGAUGGGUCUCAGAAACCCCAAACAAGGCAUGGCUGCUCUGAAAGCAUAGUUCUCAAAGAAAAGAGUAGGGAUUCUGUAGGCUGCUGCAGUGAUAAGAGAAUGGAUGAGAGAGAUUUUUCUCUGGAACAUCAAGGUCAGUUCAAUAUAUGUUUUGACUGAGCUGAGAUAAAACGCCAUUCCUCCACUUCCUACCCAGAACUGGGUGGAUUGAUGCCAUUCUUACACAUAGCAUGCAAGUAGAUUUUGCAAAUGCUAGUGGAGCAUUCUCCCCUGCCUCUUUUCACUUUCUUGGAAUCCAUGCUAUGAAGAAUCUUAAAUCAUACUUUGUGGGUCUUCUUGUCCACUCUCCUUCCUUUUAUUUUUGUCACUGGCCAACAACAAAAAGCCUUGGUGGGCUGAGGUGCAUUCCAGUUCUUUUUCUCACCUGUUUACAUACUUAGAUGUAAGUGUUGUACUUCAGUUUAGACACAGGCACAACAAUCUGGCUUGUUUCUAUGUAGUUUACUGUUUCUGAUUCAGUUGCAUUCCACCUCCUUGUAUAUUGUAAACAGCUCUUUUAAGAGACACCUAUAGCAGGGUUUGUUUGUUUUUUGUAGCCUUCCAUUCUAACAGUUCUGGGCUGACAAACCACAUGGGCGCUUUACUUUUGGAAUCAGUGGUACACAAAUGAGAAAGGGUAGGGUUGGGUUCUUGCACUUGUUUUGAUAAAGUAAGUACCACUACCCAGCCCCAUUUACAUACAAAUAAAAUACUCAAAUAAGAAACAAAUGUGGCUCCACCUUCAUUUCUAGUUUAGAGGCUAAAAUGACAAUUGCAUAUGUAUGACCUCUGUUCUUAGCAAAAUACUCAAAAUUUAUCAUGGUCACAAUAAAACCUUUUUGUGCUUUA